GAGACAGAGAACAGGGAGAGAGAAUAGAUCAGAGAAAGAAUAGAAUAGAGGACCAGCUGUGUGGACCUUCAUAUGGAGUCUUCAACAGAGGGAGGAGGAGGAGGAGGAGGAGGGCUGAGGGAGCUGGUUCUAAAGUGGUUUACAGAGACCCAGGCCCCUCUCAUUCUCCUCCAUAAAGGAAACUUUCCCGAUUGGUUCCAAGGCUUCACCACCAGGAAGGAAGCAGAGGAUCAGCUGAGAGACAAGCCUCUGGGAUGUUUUCUCAUCAGACUCAGUGACAAAGCCGUAGGAUACAUCCUCUCAUACAAAGGACAAGAUCGCUGCCGCCAUUUUGUGAUCAACCAGGACCAAGCUGGACUGUUCGCUAUCUCCGGGGACGACCAGCCUCACCACAGCCUCACGGAACUGAUAGAGCACUACAGAGUCCAUCCCAUCCAGCCCUUUGGAGAGUCCCUCACCUCUAUGUACUGUUGUCAGGUAGGAGAACCAAUAACAUGACAGAGUCCCUCACCUCUACGU